UAACUCCGUGCUUGUGUCUUUCUGGGCUGAAACUGUGUAGAGGACCGAAACCAAAACAGAUCAGCCCCUCCGUGUGUCGUUAGUAGUUGAUCCGGACAUUUCAACAGGUGUAAGGAGCCUUUAUUUACCUUUUAUCUCGGUGUGAAUCUGGGCGGUGCUUCAACUCACUCGCUCAAAUCCAGGACUUCCUGAGUGCGCCCAGGUUACAGAUCAGUGUCAGACUGCCUGGUGAGGCUCACAGCUGCGGGGAAAUGUACACUGAUGACCUCUGACCAGUUUGGAGUUGUGGCAGAUGGUUAAACAGCAUUAUGGGAAUGAACUGGGCCUGAGCCAUGAAGAGAUGGAGAGCUUACAGGUAGCAACAGAAUCAAGCACACAGACCAGCCUGACCAUGAGGCCUGGUGGUGAUGACGGCCUGGGCCGGCUGGAGCGACCCCCUUCUCUACGCCUUCCUGGCAUGGAGCAGGGAUCCCUAGAAGCCUGCACACCUCAAAGGGAGGAUUUUCCCAGCCCUGUGGGGUCACAGAACUCACCUAACGCGGAUGACUCACGCAAUACCCUGUCUCAAAGCUGCAGUCCUUCCCCCUCGCUAGAUCGCCUCGCCCUAGAUAGGGUGUCCAAGCGCUCCUCUCUUUCGCUUGACCUCAACGCUAACGAGAAUGGCUUGUCUGAGCAGAGCGGUUCAGAGAGCAAUGAGGACGUGGAGGAGCGAGUGGGUCUGCCCCAGGUGCAGGGACGCCUUUAUCUAAACAGAGUCUUCCACGUCAGUGCCAACAAAAUGUUUGAUUUGCUCUUCACUGACUCCAGCUUCGUCCGCAGGUUCCAAAACAUCAGAAAGAUAAUAAACGCCAGCUCUACCGCUUGGCAAAAAGACGCUUCUGGAAACAUGAAGAGGAGUCUGAACUACACAGUAACCAUCAAUAACCCUUUGAUUGGCAAAUUCUCUGCCGCUACAGAGUACCAGACAUUGUACAAAGAAUCGAGGGAUGGUCAGUAUUACCUCCUGGAUUCAGAGGUGUACACUCACGAUGUUCCUUAUCACGAUUACUUUUACAUUCAAAAUCGGUACUACAUCAUAAGCAUCUCGAAGCGGAAGUGUCGACUAAGGGUCUAUACUGAUGUGAAGUACAAGAAGCAGCCAUGGGGCCUGGUCAAAUCUUUUAUCACUAAAAACUCCUGGAGCGGCAUUGAAGAUAAUUUCCGACAUCUGGAAGCAGAGCUGCUGGAGGAGGAAGCAGAGAUGAACCAAGGAGGGGGAGACUCAGGGAAGAUUAGCGGGCUGCGGAGGAGAAGGCGGGCUUACAGCCGUACGCUGUCGGAGCACAUGAAGCCCAACAAGCAGUACAGUCAAGACCCUGAACAGCAAAGAGCCAGCAGCAUAGGCCCCACAGAAAUGAAUGGCCCAUAUAGAUGGAACAUCACUACAAUCGUGGCUGGGAUGAGUUUGAUUUUGCUGAUUCUGACGUUGAUGAAUAUGGGCCUGUUUUUCAAGUUGUGGGCCAUGGAGGACGUCGCCCACCGCAUGUACUUGAGCACAAAGCAUCGACUGAGAGAGAGGAGUGAAGCCAGUGUGAUGCCUGAUUAUGGUACCAGACCGGGGCCAGGCUGUAGGACCAGAGAGGAGAUGCACCUGCUAAAAAAUGUACUGCAGGACUCCAUCAGUCUUUUAGAACAGCUACGCAGUUCUCUGAUGGUCCUACAGCAGAACUUUGCUAUGGCCAAUCAAACAGCAGCGCCGCAGUGACGUUCACACACAUGGCGACUACAGUGUCCCUCUUCCCUUGUGGG